CACUGACUUUUAAUAACUUUACUGCCAGGCGUGGUGCACACACCCAUAAUUCCUACACUCUAAAGGUUGAGGCAGGAGGAUCACAAGUUCAAGCCAGCCUAGGUUAUAUAACCUAUGUUUCAAGCCCCCACCCACAAAGAAACCCUGAGAGAUCUUCCUCUCAGGCCCAUGAAGAGGCAGAGACAGGCUGUGCACAAGCCAGGGAGCAGGUCCUCUCUCCACACAGGAUCUGCUUGCUAGUGCUUUGGUCUUGGACUCUAAAGUUCCAGCAUUAUGAAAAACAAAUAGUUUAAAGCACUAGUCCUAUGGAUUUACUAUAGCAGUCCAAAGUAAGACCCUUGGUUUAUUCAAAACCAACCAAACAAACAAACAAAAAACCAAACACAAUCCCAGGUAUCGGAGUAGAAAACUCAUCCAAGUCUCCCAGGUACCCCAGGAUCUGCCUUCACAAAUAAGCGACAAGACGUCACUCUCAGAGGUCUGCCUGCAGGUCUCAGCUUCUUGCUCUAAGAGCCCAAGGGCUCUUCCAGGCCCCCAGAUGGGCUGCAAAUCUCAGCUAAAGCCACAAAGAUCUGGGAAUUGUGCAGGCACACUCAUGAGGUGUCCGCCCAAUCACAGAACUCUGGAGAGCUUGGCCACUGCAGGUGACAUCUGACCCGCUGAGGGGAAGCCAAGGACUACUCUCAGUCCUCGCCCCCGAAACCGGAUCUCCCCCUAUCGCUCAGCCCCAUCUCGGGGGCCCUUCCCCUCUUAAGCAGCUUGGUUCUGCCUCCAUUUCCACCGAGGAAUCUGGGAGGAGCCAGGGCAGGGCUCUGAGUCAUCUCGGAGAAGCUGCAGGGACAAAGGUCAGGAGGGUGGACCACUGGGAAUUCCUGGGCGGGCAGGUCCACUGUUCCUCCCCUACCCCAGGGCACCGCGGUUCCUCUGGCACUUGGGACACACCUGUUCUGGCCACCAUGGACUUCAGCCUGGAGGCAGCCCUGGGUUCCAACUCCAAGAAGACAGAGGGGACAUGCAAACUGGGAGACCCCAAGCACGGUCCCCCUAAAGCUCAAGGUGGGCCAGGGGCAGGCCAGAAGCCGCAGCACGGCCAUGGUUGUUCCUCAGACUCCAGCAGCAGCAGCAGCAGCUCCAGUGACUCGGACUCUGAGGGGAAGUCCCACUCCGCCUGCUCACAGCAGCACAAAGGCACUAAGGACAAGACCAAAAAGCCUAAGAUGAAGAAGGACAAGAAAGAGAAAGACAAAAAGAAGGGCAAGAAGUGAACUGCUCCCUGACGGGCGGGUGGGGUUCAUUAAACCUUGGGUCCUGCUCAGUCUU